ACUAAGUCAUAUGAUAAAUAGCUAAUGGUUUUGAGGUUUGGAAGGUGAAAAUGAGCUAGACUUUUAACAGAGAUGGUGAAAGCUCAGCAUGCUGAGGAGAAGAUGCCUUUGAGAAAAGGUGCAUGGACUUCUGAAGAAGAUAAGAAGCUGACUGCUUACAUUAAGCGAUAUGGCAUUUGGAAUUGGAGUCAGAUGCCAAAACCUGCAGGUUUGGCAAGGUCUGGGAAGAGUUGUAGACUUCGUUGGAUGAAUUACCUUAGGCCAGAUAUUAAGCGUGGAAACUUUAGCAAGGAAGAGGAGGAAACCAUACUCAAGUGCCAUGAAGAGCUGGGAAACCGAUGGUCUGCAAUUGCAGCAAUGCUUCCUGGAAGAACAGAUAAUGAAAUAAAAAAUUACUGGCACACUAACUUGAAAAAGCGCUUUAGGAACAAUUGGAGUACUAGUUCAACAACUGUAUCACUCAAGGUGCAAAACUGGGAUGUUGAAGCUAACCAGAAUGAUUCAUCUGAGAUUAAUCUCUUACAUUGCGAUGCCUCAAAAGUGUCAAACUUGGAUGGCAAUCAUCCUAUGUCACCACAACUAUCCACUGAGGAUCCCUCUUCAUCAAGCACUGACCCUGCUGUUGAAAUUGAUAGAAACCAAACCAUAGAAGAGAAUGUUUGUUCAUCUGAAACAUUUGAAGAACUCCAAAGUUUCUGGGAGCAGCCAUUUUCAUUGGAGGACUGCAUGGUGGAAACAGACCAUGCAGGAUUUAUAGCUCAAACUACUAAUACAUGUUUUCCAGAACCCAUAUAUCCAUGUGUUUCUUAUGAAGACGUCCAAAAUGAUUUGUGGUUCAAUCUACCUAAUCACGAUGAAAUGCAUGGUAUGUGAUAGUGUCUAUAUAUUAGUAUUGAUUUGAACCAGAAAUCACAUGACUUGUUAAGUAGUUCCAUUAUUUGUAUGUCAAUAAGAAUUAAGACAUUUGAAUCCUUGGGGUGUAAUUAAACAGUUCAAUCUAUAUGUACUAUUGCUAGCCAAUGUGCUUGAAAUAUGAAGAUAGAGAUACUCUAGAUGCUCUAGUAUUGCAUAGAAAUUUUAGUGUGAGAAGGUUAUGCAGCCGAUAU